GGCGGGCUGCGUGGAUGGAUGAGGUCACCGCUGUGGUGUCGGGGAAUGGAAUGUUGCAAGUGUAACAUUCAGAACCGGGUAACAUUCGGAGAUCGAACGCGGCGAUCGGGCAACGUCGCAAGAGGAGAAGGAGGCGUCCUCCCCCUCCCCACCUUCACUUCGGCUGUUUCCCGGGCUUGCGUGGAUCGCCGCUCACUGAAAUGAAUGGCUGAGAGGGGCGGGGGCUAAAAGGAGGAGGAGGCGGCGGCGGCAGGAGCGGGCAGCCGCGGCGGCGAAGAAGGAAGGAGGAGGAGGAUCUUUUCGUCGCUUCCAUCCCUGGGGCCAUCCAGGCAGCGAGAUCGCAGGAAAGCGUGCGGAAGCCCCGCUCGUCAUCAUGCCUUGCAGCCGGUGCUAAACACACCGAAAAGAGAGAGAGAAAGAGAAAUGCAGGGAUUCGUAAGGUUACGGUGCUCGGGCCGGAAGAUGUAAUCCCGGCGGUGCUAUCUCUAGCGAGCCCAGGCAAGCUGCAUACAGAUUAUCGCUGCCGCUCGUGCCGACUUGUUCGGAAAAGCCGGGCGCCGGGCUAGCGGACUUGGCUGGCUUGGCUGGCUGGCUUCCUCCUUCCUCGCUGUUGUUGUUGUUUGUUUUGUUCUCUUCCAGGGAUGUUUUGCCCGAGUUGAAGUUGCUCUUCCUGCUCUUAAACACUCCGAGCCCCUUGUGCGUGCGGUUGUGUGUGUGUGAGUGUGUACGGGUGUGCAUGCGAGAGAGAAGAGGGCGGGACGGAUUUCUCGGUCUGGCACCCGCAGAUUGGAGAGCCGGAGCCCGGGACUCGGCGGCUUCUUUUUAGGUUCAGAGCCGCCGCUGUCUUUGUCUUCUCUUCCUCCUCUUUGCAUUGCGAGCCAAUUUCCCAGCCUCUUUUGGAAAGCCACGCUGGGCGGGCUCAGCUCUCUUUUUGCCCCGGUUUUCUCGCGCUUGCCUUCUUUUCUCCCUUCUUGUUCCUGCCUUUCCGAACCCUUUUCCUCCCGGCCUCGCUCCUCUUGCCCUCGCUCCCUCCGUCCCUCUUCAUUCUCCCCCAGCCCCCCUUUCCUCCUAAGGGCGAGCCAAAGAUGAAAGACAAGAGGGGAGAAAGUUAACGAAAUCGCCCACAUGCGCUGCAUCAGUCCGAGCCUUUGGGAAAGGAAUCGAGAGAAGGUGGGAGAAGAGAGUUUAAAGUCUUGGCAGGCGGGAAAAUGGCGGACUCAAGCUGAAAGUGUCAGUUGGCAAAGUUGGGCGAGCUUUGUGUUUAUUGACGAUCCUCUUGACCCAGAUAGGACACAUGCAGGCCAAAAAACGCUACUUCACCCUGCUCUCGGCUGGCACUUUCGUCGUCCUGCUCUUCUACUUCGGCGGCUUGCAGUUCAGAGCAUCCAGAAGCCAAAGCAGGCGAGAGGCGCGCAGCAGUAGCAGCAGCAGCAGCAAGAAUGGCUUGCAGCGCCACGAACGCUACUGGCCCCGAUUCCCAGACGCCCUGCGCCCUUUCCUGCCUUGGGAUCAGCUGGAGAGCCAGGAUUACAACCGGCACGCUUCCCCACGCCAGAAGCGCGACGCCAACACCGGCGUCUACAAGGGCAAGAAGUGCCGCAUGGAGUCCUGCUUCGACUUCGCCCUUUGCAAAAAAAACGGCUUCAAGGUCUACGUCUACCCCCAACAGAAAGGGGAGAAGAUCGCCGAGAGUUACCAAAACAUCCUGGCGGCCAUCGAAGGUUCCCGCUUUUAUACUUCGGACCCCAGCCAAGCUUGCCUCUUCGUCCUCAGCUUGGACACCUUAGACCGAGACCAGCUUUCUCCCCAGUACGUGCACAACCUGCGCUCCAAAGUGCAAAGCCUCCAUUUGUGGAACAAUGGGAGGAAUCACUUAGUUUUUAACUUAUAUUCCGGCACCUGGCCUGACUACACUGAGGACGUGGGUUUCGACAUUGGCCAGGCCAUGUUGGCCAAAGCCAGCAUCAGUACGGAAAACUUCCGGCCAAAGUUUGACGUCUCCAUCCCUCUUUUUUCUAAGGAUCACCCAAGGACAGGAGGAGAGAGAGGCUUCUUGAGGUUUAACACCAUCCCCCCUCUGAGGAAGUAUAUGUUGGUAUUCAAGGGGAAAAGGUACCUAACUGGGAUAGGAUCAGACACCAGGAAUGCCUUAUAUCAUGUCCAUAAUGGGGAAGAUGUUGUCCUGUUGACUACCUGCAAGCAUGGCAAAGAUUGGCAGAAGCACAAGGAUUCUCGGUGUGAUAGGGACAACGCCGAGUAUGAAAAGUAUGAUUAUCGUGAAAUGCUGCACAAUGCCACUUUCUGUCUGGUCCCCCGUGGCCGGAGGCUUGGAUCCUUCAGGUUCUUGGAGGCCCUGCAGGCUGCCUGUAUUCCUGUAAUGCUCAGCAAUGGAUGGGAACUUCCGUUCUCAGAGGUGAUUAAUUGGAAUCAAGCUGCCGUCAUAGGAGAUGAGAGAUUGUUACUACAGAUCCCUUCUACAAUCAGGUCUAUCCAUCAGGAUAAAAUCCUAGCACUUAGACAGCAGACUCAGUUCUUGUGGGAGGCUUAUUUUUCUUCUGUUGAGAAGAUUGUAUUGACCACACUAGAGAUUAUUCAAGACAGAAUAUUUAAGCACAUAUCCCGUAACAGUUUAAUAUGGAAUAAACAUCCCGGGGGGUUAUUCGUACUGCCGCAGUAUUCAUCAUAUCUGGGAGAUUUCCCUUACUAUUAUGCUAACUUAGGAGUCAAGGCCCCAUCCAAAUUCACCGCCGUCAUCCAUGCAGUUACUCCUCUGGUGUCCCAAUCUCAACCAGUGCUGAAACUCCUGGUUGCAGUAGCCAAAUCCCAACACUGUGCUCAGAUCAUUGUCUUAUGGAAUUGUGAUAAGCCCCUCCCUGCCAAGCAUCGCUGGCCUGCCACUGCUGUGCCUGUCAUUGUUAUCGAAGGAGAAAGCAAGGUGAUGAGCAGUCGCUUCCUGCCCUAUGAGAACAUUGUCACAGAUGCCGUUCUAAGCCUCGACGAAGAUACGGUGCUUUCAACCACUGAGGUGGAUUUUGCCUUCACUGUCUGGCAGAGUUUCCCAGAGAGGAUUGUGGGUUAUCCUGCCCGCAGCCACUUUUGGGAUAACACGAAAGAGAGGUGGGGCUACACAUCAAAGUGGACUAAUGAUUAUUCCAUGGUAUUGAGUGGAGCUGCUAUUUACCACAAAUAUUAUCACUACCUGUACACUCAUUACCUGCCUGCUAGUCUGAAGAAUGUGGUGGACCAACUAGCCAAUUGUGAAGACAUUUUAAUGAACUUUUUGGUGUCCGCUGUGACAAAAUUGCCUCCCAUCAAAGUAACACAGAAAAAACAGUACAAGGAAACCAUGAUGGGACAGACUUCCAGAGCUUCUCGGUGGGCUGAUCCAGAUCAUUUUGCUCAGAGGCAAAGCUGCAUGAACACUUUUGCCAGCUGGUUUGGCUAUAUGCCGCUGAUCCAUUCUCAGAUGAGGCUCGAUCCUGUGCUCUUUAAAGAUCAGGUCUCCAUCCUGAGGAAAAAAUAUCGAGACAUUGAACGACUUUGAGGAGCCCAGUUGAGGGGUGGGUGGGGGUGAGAAUUGGAUGGGUCACCUAGCCCAGUGCAGCAGAGCCACCCAGAUCCUCGAGUUAGACCACACCAAGAGCAACUCAAUCCAAAAAUUUCCAACAUGCCAAUGUUAGUAGCCAAGCGGCUCUGGACCCAAAGGGAAAACUGGUUGCGCUGGACUGCUUUGAAACACCCCCUCAACGGGCUGCAGGUCCCUCAAGACUAGGUUGUGUACAGUUUCAUUAUGGAACAUUAAAUAAUUAUUUUUUGAAAUGAUUGCUAUGCAGGUUUAAACUUUUUUAAUGAUAAAAAUCCCUAUUAAAACAGAGUUCUUUCUUUAAUCAAAA